GCAGGAGUAUGUAAUAUAUGUCCAGAAGUUGAAACAUGGCGACUCAUUUCGGAACACCGUCUCCAUUGUGGGGAAAUGGUCCUCAGCCCGGCGGUAUACAUCAAUUCAAUCAGAGCAAUUCGUCAUGCAGCAAUUUUGGAACACAGAGAACCAUGUAUCCAAUUGUAACCGGCACAUCAGUUCUAGGCAUAAAGUUCAAUGGUGGCAUAGCCAUUGCAGCUGACAUGCUUGGGUCAUAUGGGUCAAUGGCUCGUUUCCGUGACAUCUCCCGUGUAUUGAAGGUGAACGAGACAACAGUGUUGGGCGGUGGUGGAGACUAUGCUGACUUCCAGUUUAUCCGAUCCAUCAUCAACCAGAGAGUUAUUGACGAGGAGUGUCUAAACGACGGCUUCAGCUACACCCCCCGGAGUCUCUUCUCCUGGCUCACUCGAGUCCUCUACAACAGGAGAAGCAACUUCAACCCCCUUUGGAACGUGUUUGUUGUUGGGGGAAUGGACAAGGAUGAACCAUUCCUGGGUUAUGUAGAUAAGAUUGGUGUAGCAUACGAGUCAACAACAAUAGCCACUGGUUAUGGAGCCUACAUUGCUCAGCCUAUCAUGAGAGAGGCGUUGGAGAAGAAGCCCGACAUCAGCCAGGAGGAGGCGGAGCAGCUGCUGGACCGAUGUCUGCGCCUGCUGUACUACAGGGAUGCCAGGUCUCUCAACAAGUACCAAGUCGCCAUUGUGACAAAGGACGGAGCUUCUAUCAAGGGACCUAUAGUAUCACAGACCAACUGGGAGGUGGCUCAUAUGAUCAAGGGUUACGAAUGAACUUCAUGUGUCCCAGGGUUAAAAUCUCAUUGAGAAGAGAGAGGCUUGUUUAACUACACUUCACAUUUCAACUAGAACCUGUUCAAGCAAUGAUAAGUUCUCCACGAUCAAGGCCGAUACAAAUAUUUGGACACUGCUCAUCCCUUCAUAUGUAACAAUACCAUUCUACUUGGCGACAUAAAUAUUUGUACUACAUAAUUUCCGUGUCUACCUAUUGACAUCAUUAGUUGCAUGUCUGCUGUAUUGCAGGACAUUUGAGACUUGUAAAAAAAAAUCCAUUUAAGUUAGAAACAAUAUUUUGGAAGUGCUCAGUGGCACCAGUUUUCAUGAAAACCGGAGGUCAAAGAGGAUGUGUCUAAAGAUCGGAUCCCAGUUGCUUAGGUGUACUGUAAGUCUCUUUUGUCAUUCAUGUCAUGCUAAUAAAUUAUCAUUUGUU